AUGGUGUGCAAAGAGACCAACGAUUUCCUCACCAAAACCCCGACCGUCACCAUGGGCAAUCCCAAUCGCACCGCCGAGGGACGUUUCACUACCCCAAAGAAAUCCGUUAUCAAGCUCAAGGGAAGGUCCACCGUCAACGCCAAUCCGGAAGUCCACGACUCCCUCCACUUUCUUGAGGCUGUCCAGGACUUGGUCAAGACCUUAGCUAAGAAUAAGAUCAACAGGGAUGAGUUUGCCGCUGCCAUGAUCGCUCUAUAG